AUGUCUUGCUCAAUUGAAGAGAUUGUCAAACACUAUGAAUUUGAUCCAACGAUCAUUCAACGCAUCGCAACGCGAACAUCCAAACCUGCACUUUCUAUCGAACCCCCAAACCCCGAGUGGCCGCAACAGUUCCAAGACAUUAAGUCUCUCAUAGAGAACGCCAUCGGUUCUGUAGCUGUCAGCAUAAGCCAUGUCGGCUCGACAUCGGUGCCAAACCUCCCCGCCAAGGACGUCAUCGACAUUGACCUCGCCGUCGAGAACCCGACGGAUGAGGCCGCCUACGCGCCCGCACUUGAGAAGGCGGGCUUCCAGUUCCUCAUACGCGAGCCCGAGUGGCACGAACAUCGCUUCUUCGCCAUGCACAGGCCGUUUUCCUGCAAUCUACACGUCUUCAAAGUCGGGACGGCCGAGUUGGCAAGACAUCUCAUCAUGAAGGAGUGGUUGAUUGAACAUGACGAUGACAGAGAUUUGUAUGCAAAGACCAAGGCGGAGGCCGCAGGCAUGAGUAACUCGCUGGGUGAGACUGUGAUGGAAUAUAAUUUUAGGAAAGAGAACGUCAUCCGUGCUAUCCUUGAACGGGCAUUCAAAGCCAAAGGAUAUCUUCCGUAG